UGCAAUCUGUUUGCAGUGGAGUCGUACAACAGUGUUAAAGAGUAAAACGCAGCGUUUUAAUCAUAACCAAAACUUUCAGUUGUUGCUAAUCGCUGUGAAGGAAUAACCGAAGCCCAAUUUGCAUCUCGACAAUGGCCGCCAUCUUAGCUCGUAAAUCGUUAUCUGCUUUGCGUUCUCGUCAGCUUGUUUUGGCAGGACAGGCACUGCAAGGGACUAAUGGCCACAGUGGAACUCUGCUUGGUACCAGAUCAUUUGCUACCAAGCAUUCGUUUUCUACUGACAAAGAUGAUGAAGAAAGAGAGCAGCUAGCAAAGGAGUUGUCAAAAGAUUGGAAUUCAGUUUUUGAGCGAAGCAUCAAUACACUAUUUUUGACUGAAAUGGUUCGAGGUCUGAUGCUGACUCUCAAGUACUUCUUUGAGAAGAAAGUAACGAUUAACUAUCCUUUUGAAAAGGGCCCUUUAAGCCCCCGUUUCCGUGGGGAACAUGCUCUUCGUCGUUAUCCAACUGGAGAGGAAAGAUGCAUUGCAUGUAAACUUUGUGAAGCUAUUUGUCCUGCUCAAGCUAUCACUAUCGAGGCCGAGGAGCGAGAGGAUGGGAGUCGUCGGACAACUAGGUAUGAUAUUGACAUGACAAAAUGCAUUUACUGUGGAUUCUGCCAAGAAGCCUGCCCUGUUGAUGCAAUUGUUGAAGGGCCCAACUUUGAAUUUGCAACUGAAACUCAUGAGGAACUUCUUUACGACAAGGAGAAGCUUCUUGAGAAUGGUGAUCGAUGGGAAACUGAGAUUGCAGAGAAUCUGAGAUCUGAAAGCCUCUACCGCUGAGUGCUUUUGGUUAACUUUUGAGUUGCGAUACAAUGGAACUUUCUAGCUUCUGAGGAAUUAAUAAAAUAAAGGGAUCUAUUGAAGGCUGUUCUCUUUUUGUUCUUUCUGUUGCUUUUCCAUUAUUGAGAUGGCUCUAUUUAGUAUAAAAACAGAUUGGUGAAAAUAUGGAGCAGCAUCUUAUCAUAUUUGAUAAAGGUUGAUGCUACUGUUUUAUGUAUUCUAGAGUGACAAAAUGACAAUUUUGUGAAGUAAAAGUUCUUGUCAGUUUAAUCUGCUUCAUAGGUGGUGUCUCUUUUAGUUUCAAGAUAUUGGUGUUUAUUGUAUGAGACAUGUAGCCCAUGGUGUAUCCGCCUGCUCCUGUAUUUGCUUAUUAUUACCAAGUUUUUGGGAUUUCAA